UUCAUCAGGUACUGGGGGCGCGUCUGCGAAGUGGGAAGCGGGUUUCAAUUUCAAACCCAAACAGUCCGAGGGACGAGCCAGCCAGUGGAUUGUGGGAUAAGGCUACAACCAACUAGUUAGAGCGUUUAGCGGCAGAAUUUGUAACGUAACUCAAAGAUAAAUUUGGACAGUGUCGUUCCCAGCAGCCGUGGUUACAGUCCCCAGAUUCCGCGGAAAAAAAAGUCGCUCGCCGCGUCUUCGCUCCAGUUUUCCGCGCCUGGUUAAUUUGGAUGACAAACCGACGCUUGGCUUGUUUGCAGCAGGUGUUGACCAAUCCGGACACUGUGUCACAUUAAAACUACCACUGUGUUUUAAUUCAUUAUCUGACACAGCAAGCCAUUUCUGCAAGAAACAUGCCGAGGUCCAACAGGCAAAGAGAAUACAAACCUGGUGAUCUUGUGUUUGCUAAAAUGAAGGGGUAUCCACACUGGCCUGCGAGGAUUGAUGAGUUACCUGAAGGAGCCGUGAAGUCCCCUUCAAACAAGUACCAGGUGUUCUUUUUUGGGACGCAUGAGACGGCGUUCCUGGGGGCCAAGGAUUUGUGCCCGUAUGAGGAAAAUAAGGAGAAAUUUGGAAAAGCAAACAAAAGGAAAGGCUUCACUGAGGGACUCUGGGAGAUCGAGAACAACCCCACUGUCACACAUGAAGGCUAUGAGUCAUCGAAGAAGGACAACGUGUCAGAAGAAGCAGGGGACACAGGGAGUUCGGAGAAAGCAGGUGCCGAGGGCAGCAGUGAUGAAGAUGAAGGGGCCCUGGUCAUUGACGAGAAGAAUGAGAGGGGAGGAACUAAACGAAAAGCAGAGGAGUCCACAGAGACAUCACCCAAGCGGCCGAAGGAUACAGAGGCAGAAGGUGAUUCUGAAGUAGACCACAACAAGUCAAACACGGAGGCCAAGCUCAACGAUGUGGCUGGACCCAAGGCAACUGCUCCCUCCUCACAGAGCGAGUCAAAAGCAGAGGCCCAGGAAAACGCUCCAGCAGGAGGCCAGCUAACAGCAGAUAAGCCUGUGACAGACAGCGCUUAACAUCAACUCUCAGAAGAAAACCAAGAUUCGUUGAUGCUUUUCUCUGGAAUUUAAGCAUCAACACGAUUACCUGCAGGAUGCCAGAUUUCAACUGUUUAAUUAAUAGGAGAAUUUAAAAAAAAAACAAAAAAAAAACGAAGUGUUUAUAUUGAGAGACAAAUAAAUCCUCAUUUGCCAUUUUUGGGAUAUCAUAUAUCCCAGAAACAAAAAGUUUGCUAAUCUGAUUUCAAACAAUUGAACUGAGCACUUUAAGGCUCAUUUAUAAAUGGGAUUUUGGUGUGUAUAUAUUUUUUAUUUCUAAGUGCAAUUACACAAUUACAAAGACUGAAUGCUAGGUGUCAAAAACAUAUUUUUUUUUUUCAGUUUAGAGGGAAACACUGACUAUAUGGUAGAUAAAAAAGGAAAAACAUUUAAACCACACGAAAAAGAUAAAUACUCCCAUUUGAUGGUUUUAAAACGUAGAUAUUGUACAGGAAUAUGAACAAAAUUUCACCCAUGCUCUCAGCUUUAGGUCAUAGAUUAAAUGUUUUCCAUUUAUUUCACCUAGCUUGUCAGCCACAUCUUAAAUCAUAUAUUCAGUCAUUGGAUACAUGAUGAGUUGCACUUUGAAGUUUUUUUUUCUGCCCCAUUAAUCGUCUAGUUCACUGUAUGAUGUUUUUGUGCAACAAGGGUUUUGUUGCUUUGGUGUAGUGGAUGCUUCAUUACAGGUGACCAAAUUACAGGAUUAAUUUCACCAGAUUGAAUAAGUAACGCCCAUUUGAGAAAAACUAUUGUAGGAUUAAAACAGUUAAUUUGUAAUCCCCUCUGUAACUUUCUUAAGAUGAUGAUUGUUCGUUAUGGAAAGCCGAAAGACAUUCCUGAAUGUUGUUGUGUCAGAGCGAGGUCUUGAAACUUUGGAGGUGGAGGUGUGGCGUUGGCUGGGGGGGGGGGAUGGGGUUUCUGGAGAAAUUAUUUCAAACUAUUUCAAAUCCAUCAACUCAUAAUUUCACAUUAUUACAAGUUCUUAUUAAGCUCACAUUAACGCUGCCAUUGCUUGAUACUUGAGAUGUAAUUUGGAAGAACGCUUUUUUGCAUUUCAUUAAUUACCAAAUAUGUUACUUUUUCAAAUGUAUCGCUGACACUGUCAAUGCCAACAUAUGAUCUACAUGAAAUUGAAUUGUAAAUCAUAAAUGAAACAUUGAAAGAAGAAUCUACAGAGUGAACCAUCUGUAAAACUGUUUUCAGACGUUUUUUUUGUUUCUAACCCACUUAACUGGAAUAUGAGUCUGUUUUACUUCAGUCAAUGGUCUUAUUUUGGUUGUGAAACAAAGUUGUGAUGUUUAAAAGAUGUGUUUUAUUUCAGCAUUUGUUUAGACGACAUGUUCAAAAUGUGGUGUUUGUUAUUUUCCAGUAUAGGUAAUUUUUCAGGUUCAAAUGCCAGACCUGCUCACCAUUUACUUGGAUGUCAGUGUCAUUGCUUUAGUGUUCUUUCCUGUAUUUGGCAACAUGAAUCAAAUGUUGAACCCUAAGGGACAUCUCUGCUUUUAAAAGUGAAAAUAAUCUUGACUGCUUGGCCUAAAAUUGCUUAUGCCCACCUAUAAAAUACAUCUGACCAUCAAACCAUACAAUGGUCAAAGUGUUCCACUCAAGUCUGGAGUUAAUUCAAAGGAUAAAAUUUGGCAUUAAGGUGUAUUUCUUGGUUAAGCUUUCUCUUUUACUUUCGGAAGCUGUCAUUCAUCUUAAUCUGCUACUUAGUUUACUGUUGUAGUUGCCAGUCCAUUUAAUAAACAUGUUGAUUACA